GUUCGGAUCGUGGAAUCUUCACUCUGCGUCUUAAUAGUAUUGAUAGGCUGCAGCGUAAGACUGCAUGGAGCUGGCCUGACUCAAUGUGGAGAGGGUUCUACCCACAUCUAAUCUGACGAUUUAUGGACGAGGGGUAAAUCAUGGAUACCCAAGCUGCAGAUGGGAUUUUACAGGCGUCUCAGUGCAUUCAUGUGCUGCUGCAAGGGGGAGCACCUUGGGGAUUCACCCUAAAAGGAGGACUGGAACAUGGAGAACCACUGAUUAUAUCAAAGAUUGAAGAUGGAGGGAAGGCAUCGAUGUCUGAAAAGAUGGAAGUUGGGGAUGAGCUGGUAAAUAUUAAUGGAACCCCAUUGUAUGGCUCCCGUCAGGAGGCGUUAAUCCUUAUCAAAGGCUCCUACAAGAUUCUCAAGAUGAUCGUUAGGAGAAGGAACGUUUCAAUUGUCAGACCACACUCAUGGCACCUUGCCAAGCUAUCAGAGGUCCAUCCGGAUGUGGCCAGCAUGCAGUACCCCAUGGAUGCCUUCAGUUUGUCCUGGCACUCAGGCUGUGAAAACAGUGAGCUUCCUAUGCAGUGGAAUCCUCUUUCCCGACACUGCAGCACAGACAAAAGUAGCUCUAUUGGUAGCAUGGAAAGUCUUGACCAGCCUGGCCAAAAUUACUACGAAGGAACGCUAUCUCCCAUUGACCCUGGAAUGUACCAAAACAAAAGGGACUCUGCAUACAGUUCCUUCUCUGCAAGCUCCAAUGCUUCAGAUUAUACAGUGUUUGCAAAGACUGAAGAAUCAUCUCCUAUGGACCCUAUCUUACAAGGACUAGGAAAUUCCAAGCAAAGUGAUGGGAGAUAUCUGCAGACAGGUCAAGGUACUGGAGAUCCUCAGGGGGAACUUUCAAACCUAACUCUGGUUGAAAAUUCCCAGAGACCUUCAUCAUUCCCCUAUGAUGGAAACCAUUUGGCCGUUAUAAAAUCUCCUCAGCCACCUGUACGUAGGGAUAGUCUACGUGUUUCCAAAAAUCAGUUGAACCAUUGUGAAAAGAGGAGAGCUUCGGCUCCUGGUGACUCUUUGCAGAUGUCUGGAAGAUUGCCUUUGGAGAAUGAGCAACACAACAAUUUAGAAACUGUGCGAUGUAGGUGUGGCUUGGGACUUUGCACUGUACAUCUAAAGGAGAGCUUACUGUCUGACCAAUAUUACAUGCUGAGUUCACAAAGUGACAGAGCACCGUUAUGCAAUGACAAAACAGCUGCGAUUGACAAGGAGCAACAAAACCAUUGCACGAAGACCCAGCAGGGGUGGUCUGGGGAAAAUAAAGAGCAUCGGCUAUUUAACUGUAAUGAGGCAAGGGAAGGGAUACAAUGCACUGUUCAACAGGUGAAGGACACUUUGCCUAAUUUAAAUUGUCCACUUCGAAAGUCCUCAUCUAACAAAGAACAUUCCAGUAUACAGACUGAGUUUGCAAGUGAUGUGUGGGAUAUGGCUCAAUCACAAGAAGGCAUUAUUUUUCCAAAAAGCCAGUGCAAUGGAGAAAGUCCCAAAGAAAACAUAUGCAAUAACUUAAGGGAUUCCGAAACCUCCCAGGCAGAUUCAUUGACCAUUUUGAACAGUCUUCAGAAGACUGAGGGUCAACUACGUGUUUCUUCAGAGACUUGUGUUAGAAAACCAAAUAAAAUAAGUAAUACGCAUCAAACUUUUCAACAACAACAUUCAACUGUAUUCUUAAGGCAACCCAACAAUUCAGACACUCCGCUAGAAGGGAGCCAAAAGCCAGAAGAAAGUCAAGUGCCAGCAAAGAAGCCGGGGUCCUCACGCCAUCGUUCAGCUCAAAUGAGAAGGAGAAGUGACAGAUUUGCCACAAACCUGAGAAAUGAGAUACAACGCAGAAAAGCUCAACUGCAGAAGAGCCAGGGGUCAGUGCUUCAUUGUGAGGAAGAACCAGUUGAGGAAAGCGAGGAGCCAACUGAAUGCCAAUCACCACCUCGGCCUGUUCCUCCUCCACCUCCUCCUAAGAACAAAUCACGGUUGUUGGAAAUUAAAAGAGCAAAUGCAGAACUUUUUAGGAAAUGUGCAGACAACACAAAUCUGGAACAAAAUAUACCUGCAGUGAAUGAAAACAUUAAAGUAUUAAAAAAGAAUCAUGGAAGGGAUACCGUAAAUAAUGUAUUAAAUACAAGGGAAAUAGAUGUAACUCAAGAGGGAACAUCAUUGAUAAGCCAGAACCAAAAUAACAUGCACAGAGUGAAUUCCACUGAAUGUAUUCACCAUGAUUCACUGACUCAUGAGCCUAAGCCAAAGACCAAUGAUCCUUCAAUUUCCAGUUUUAAGAGGGAAUCUCAACAGAGAGGAAGAAUGUUGUCCAGAUCAGAAAGUUUUUAUGAAGAACAGAUAAUUGUACCAAAUGAUGUCUCAGUUCAGAGUCCUAAAAGUCCUGAAAUACAGGACAAUGAACCAGGAAGCCUGGAAAAAUGGACUGCAAGUGUGGCAAAUCGUAAUGCUUUCUCCAGAACCUCUCCAGUCCCAGAUGUAAAGGAUUCUAAUGAAGUGUGUAAGGUGGAUUCCUCCUACAAUAAUUGUAACAAAUCUGCAUUUGAAAAUCCAGCAAAUGUGUCUGAAGAUGGUAUUCAAUACAAUACUCGUAUAUCUUUCAGUCCAGAGGUCACAAGGAAUCGUCAUCCAUCAAACAGAGAGCUUCUACAUUCAGAGGUAACUACUAGGGAGGAUUGGAAAUUAGAUUCUUUGGGGAAUGUGGAUCAAGACCAGAUGUUCCAAGAAGAAAAGUUACAUAAAACUGGAAGACGAAGUGGUUGUCCCUCAAAUACUAUUUGGAAAUCUGUCAACCCAUCUCUGAAUUUUGAAGAUCACUCUUCUAUGCAGAUGCCAAAUAAUGGUCAAUGGGCCUGGUCCCCAGAACGUAAGCUGCAUCCUCAUGCCCAUUUGCCCAAAGGGGCCUCCCAAGAUAGUAUGUGUGUUGAAGGUACUAUUCUUCCUAUCACAAGAAUCACAGAGGAGCCUGUUUUAAUGCCGUUUGCUGAUCGAAGGAGGUUUUUUGAAGAUAAUAGUAAGCCCCCCAUGUCUUCUCACAUUCCUAUCAACUUGAAACCAAAUAAAGACUUUUUUUGUCCAGGCUUACCGGAUCAACCUGUUUCUCAGAUGAUUUCUGAUCUUAGGAGACAUUCUAUAGACCAUACCUACCAUCCAUCCUCUCCUAGCAGACAGAACAAUUCCAUAUAUUCUGAAUAUUGUGUAAAUCAUCCUGUUGAUCCACCAUUGUGCUGUAGUCAAGGAGGACAUUCAUCUGAAUAUAUUCACCCAAUGGCAUAUGGAUGUCGGGUACAUGAAACUUGUAUGUACUGUUCUAGUGACCUCUACCCAGCCUUGAUUAAAAGAAACCUACCAGCAGGCCACCACACUUGUCAUUGCCAUCACCACCACCGUCACCAUCACCAAUGGUCAAGAUGCGGUGAUUGUUUAUGUCCUUCCCAACAUAGCACAAUGGAUGAUGGCAGCUCCAUGCAUGGUGACCCAUGGCAUAUGAGAAAGCCUUUGUUGCAGGAAGUGUCAAUGAAGGAAUGGAACCAACCACUGAAAAUCAACAGGAAAUGCAGCCAGUCUGUGAGUGAAUUAUGUCACUAUAACCCUGGAUUCCACCAUUCUGGCCCAUUCAGACCUUGUUGCGAAGGUAGUGACCAAGAAUGGCCCCAGUAUCACCGGACUGUGUCAUCCUGCGACCUCUCCUGUGAUUAUUCCCCCCGACAAGUGGAGCUGCCAUCUUUUCAGGAAGGGCCUCCAGACCCUGGAUUAGCUCGUGGUAGGACAUAUUCUGUGAGUCAGCUUAAUUUAGAGUCUGUAAGAGAAAGAAGAGAUAAUUCCCUAGCAAAGGUUGAAGAAAGAGACCCACCUGCUCCAACAAAGAAGAAAGGGCCACCUCGCCCACCUCCUCCAAACUGGGAAAAAUACAAGGAGCGUCGGGCUUCUCACCAACUUGCCAGCCCUGGCCUACCUGAUUCUAGCGAAAAGGACAGUGUGUCGUGUCAUAACCAAGCUGUGGAAGCUGCAAGGCAGCGUUCUCAAAGUCUUCCUAUGAACCAAGGAUUUAAAAAUAUGACUGAGGCUUUCUCACCUCCCUCUUGUGAAGAGCUUCAGAGUGGAGAUCGUGCUUACAAACUUUCAGAGUUUAGCCCAGAAACACAAGGCUCUCAAGAUUUUACUACCUCUGUUUCUCCAUGUCUUGAUAGUGCAAGGGUGGAUGCACAUUCCUCAUGCCUAGUGUCACCUGUUGACCGAUUGCAAGGUAGAACGUUGAUAGGUCAUACUUUACCUUCAGAGUCCAUUUCUUCCCUUUGCGACCAAGAAUGUGUUCUGGAUGAAGAUGCAGAGAGGCUGGUUUCAACUGUUGAGGGAGAUGCAGAGGAUAGUGACUUUCAUCCUGAGGAUGCAUCUAUCAAACCUGUUCCCACACAUAUUUCUGGAAGAGAACAAGUAUCUAUAUUAGAUGACUUUCAGGGCAGCUACCGCCACUUUGAAGAUGAAUGGUCGACCGACAGGGAGUCUGAAAUUUCCAUACCAGACAGAUAUGAGUUCCAACCCAUCUCACCCCCACCACUGUGUGGUGCAGUAAGUCCUACCUCCUGUGCUGCUUACUAUAACACAUCUGCAGCCAAAGCAGAGUUGUUGAAUAAGAUGAAGGAUCUCACGGAAGUGCAAGAAGAAGGCGAUAAAGCCACUGGAGUGGUGGAGGAAGAGGAGGAGCUGACAGUAAAAAAGAUGCAGUUGAUCGAUAGUAUCAGCAAAAAGCUUUCUGUUCUUCAUGAAGCACAAAAUGACCUCCAAGAAGAAAUUGGCGCAAACACCGCCCUGGGAUGUGAAGUAGGAGAGCUGCUCAAGUGUCUUUGUAAACCCAAUGAAUAUGACAAAUUCCGAAUGUUUAUUGGAGACCUCGAUAAAGUUGUGAAUCUGUUGUUAUCCCUGUCUGGACGUUUGGCCAGGGUUGAGAGUGUUUUGAGUAGUGAAGAUCCUGAACCAUCUUUGGAGGAGAAGUUGAGUCUUCUGGAGAAAAAGAAGCAGCUUACAGACCAACUUGAAGAUGCAAAGGAACUGAAAGCACAUGUCACCCGAAGGGAGCAGGUUGUACUUGAGGUAGUUUCUCGGUAUCUCAAUGAGGAUCAACUUCAGGACUACCAACACUACGUCAAGAUGACUUCUGCUCUCAUUGUUGAACAGAGAGAAUUGGAAGACAAAAUCCGACUUGGAGAAGAACAACUGAGAUGUCUCAGAGAGAGCCUGUAACAAUAGUUAUAUGAAUGGAGAACUGCUUGGUUAUCUUUAAAUAUCUCUUUAACUUCAACUUUUUAAGUUCCAACAAAGACCUAAUCUGCUCUGGAGUUUUUUAACAGCAAAUAUAUGUGUUGCUGAUGAUUUAUUUUUUUUCCCCCUUGCUCAACACUACAUAUUUCCCUCCCACCCUCCCGCAACUGAAAACUUUUGAUGCAUCAUCUCGACCAUUUCACACCUCUUCUACACUACAAUAUAUGGCUUCAUCCUGAAAGUUACUAAAGCAGACCUCUAAUUGUUGCACUAAAUCCAGUAUUUGGAUUUUAAAAAUAUUUGCUUAAUACUUAUGUUUAUUAGCAAAGUGCUGGUGGAUAUAGCAAUAUUUUACUCCUGAAAAUGUCUGUGCCAAAGGUUUUUUUUUUUUUUUUCUUCAAAGAAAGAUCUGACUUGAUUUUUAAUCAUCAUCGUUGUUAGUCUGGAAUUUUCAUUGUCAUAACGUUUGAGACGUAUGUCUUUUUUUUGUUCAAUACGGUUUUUGUCACAGCUUGGCAAGAACUGGUUAAUGACCAUGCAUACAACAUAACAUUUUAGAUAUUGUUCAUAUUAUACAGCUGUAGAAAUUUAAAUAUCCCAAGAUCUUUGCAUUUAUGAUUUUUGGGGUAUAUGUAAAAAUAUGUACUUGCAAGUAUCUUAUCACCCCAAUUUCUUUUUUUUUUUAUUUUGAGUGUAGGAGAUUCUUUUAUGAUUACAUAUACUGUUUCAAACAGAAGUUUCAUCAUAAAUGACUUGAUGAUAUUUAACUUGCAGAACCCCCUUGCUAAUGGCUAACUGGAAAUUGCAGGAAAUUUCAAAAGGGACAGUAUGGUUGGUGUGCUUUUUGUCUUCUGAUGUAAAUCCAAGCUCACAAAAUGCAUACAUCAGUGGAUUAAAUUAAAAAAAAUGUGCUUUUAAUACCGUUCUACUCAGAGAGACAACACACUGCAAUCUUGUACCUCUUUUAAUUGAGGAUUUUAAGUGCCUUAAUACGUUGUUAGUCUAUAUAAUUAUAUAUAUUUGAUGAUACAAGUGUACAUUUCAUUGCAAUCUUAGAUCCACAAAGUACUAUUUGUCCUAACUGGAAAACAAAGAAAAAUCUGUAACCCACUACCUCUUAAAUCUCUAAUUAGAGCAAAUCUUAUAUGACCAAAGAUCCCAAAAAGAAUUUACUCCUAUCAACAAUUUUUAAACCUUUCUGACUUCGGGGUAAAACGCAAAAUGGAAUGUGCCUUAUAUUUAGCUCUAAUUAUUACUUUAUAAAAGAAACCUAUAGCUCAAGCUAUAUAUACUAUGUUAUAAUUUCAGUAACGUUUCUUUUAUUGUUUUAUUGCUUUACAUUUUAUUUCCUCCAAGGAACAUUUUAACUCCAUAAAACAUAGCUUAUCUAUGAAUUGCAUCAUAUGAUUUGUGCCAGUAGUUCCGAAUAUUGUCUUAUAUACCAGGCUUUGUAAUUUUUAUUUUACCAAUAUCAUGCAUGCAUGCAUGCAAAAAAAAAAAACACAUUUACACUAACAGAUAUAUAUUUUAUGGUUAUUCUUAAAAUUUUGGCACACUAAUAUUUUUGAUUUUUUUUUUUCCUAAAACUU